AUGGCUUUGGGUCUGGGUCGUGCGGCGGAUACUGACUCCUCUCGCUUCAGAAAGACCAUCUGGCUGCUCGUCUUCAUUACCGCAUCUUGUUACAUGACCCACGGGAUCAUCGGAGUCGUCACAGCCGAUUUCAAGAGGGAUGGAAUUGGAAGCUGUCUCAUUUUCAACGAAGAUGGAAUCAAGGCAGUCAAGCGCCGCUCGGAAAGACAAGGGACAUCAUCAAUCAUCAGCGGCAUGGGAUCCUCUGAUGGACUUCAACUAAUACUGACACCUCAUGUCUGGAGCCAAAAUAAUCUCUAUUUCGCGAACGGAUUCCAUCUCCAAAUUCACUCUCCUGGAGCAGAAUACGAAUCAAUAUUUGGAAAGGAAUAUAAGGUAAACUUGGGAACGAUUUCUCACGUCACCCCCAAGAAGGUGGUAUUGCAGCGACUUCCUCCAGACGAAGGUGGACAUUGUGCUCCAGCUUCCUAUCUCGAAAAGCGGUUUGACCUCAACAUGUUCAAUCUUAAAACCAAAUUUGAAUACACCAACCAGGUGAGGAAGGCUCUGUUCAUGACUCUCAACUUCCUUAACAGAGAAAAUCUUGCUGUGGUGAACGUCUACUAUGAAACCUUUGCAGUGGAGACAAUUUCGGAACAUCCUCAAUAUCCAUGGUCGAGCUUCAUUGGGACGUUGGGAGGGAUGCUGGGUUUAUACACCGGGCUGUCCUUCAUCUCUAUCUUGGAAGUGAUGGAGUGGAUCCUCAACAUCUUCCUGUAUGGCUGGAGGAAGCCUCGGCCUUAG